CGUAUUUGACACCAACUUCACUUUGUUACAAAAUAACCUGAAAUACAUUGGGCUUUGCUUCAUGUCGUGAAAAAGAAAAGAUUCAUUUUUAUCUGUUCAUAUUUCGUGAAUGUCAAUGAUCGCCCCGUGAGAAGUCCACCGGGUCCAAGUGUGUUCUGUUUGCAGUGACAAAUAAUUUUCGUUCAAAUCAAUAUGGGUGACAAUUCCAGUGCCUCAAAUUCGAAUGACGAACGCGAGCUGAAGGAGAUUCGAAAUUUACUUUGGGGUCCAAGUAUCCGAUUGGAUGUUUUUAGACGAUGGUCGCAGGGUUUUGAAUUUACCGAUAUCGAACCUUCAGCUUUAGUGCAAAAACAAGGCGGUCCCUGCGCUGUGAUAGCUCCUGUACAAGCAUUUCUUUUGAAAAUACUUUUAAUGGAAACACCUGGUCAUAGUUUUAGCGAUCUAACAUUAGACAAAUGUAAGCGUUUGUUAAUACAGGCGUUGUGCAACAUAUUAAUGAAAUGUAAAGUUACACAUUACCGAAUCGUAACAUUGCCGGAAGUUUGCACUGAAGCCAAAGAAAAUGCAAAUGAGGACAGCGAGGGCAAUAUUAGAUCUACGGCUGAUGAUGAGAUGCAGCGUGAAGACCCCAAUACAGCCGUAUAUAUAAUUUCCUCUAUAACUAAUCGAAUUGCAUUGUAUCACACUUUAUUAUUGCAGCACAAUGUCCAGCCAGAGCAUCGCGAAUUAUCACCAAAAGAAUUCCAUGAGCGAUUAGGGGUAUUAAACUUCGAAUCAAUCGAGCAGGUAGAAAAGUAUUACACAGAAAAUUUUAAUGCUCUAUCCGGUCCAUACGGAGUUCUACUUUUCAUGUACACUGUUUUGUUAACAAAGGGUAUAGGGAAUGUAACUAGUGAAUUAUCAGACACAUCAGAGCCACUGAUACAUAAUACAUACGGAUAUGGAUCCCAAGGGCUUAUAAAUCUGAUGCUAACUGGAAGAGCAGUUCCCCAUGUAUGGGACAAUGACCAAGAUGUCGGUGGUUUAAAAUUACGGGGUAUUAACCAGCAAGCAGACGUCGGAUUCAUUACACUAAUGGAACAAAUGCGUUAUUGCACAGUAGGUUCUUUCUAUAAAAAUCCAAAAAAUCCAGUUUGGGUGAUGGGAUCUGAGACGCAUUUAACAGUUUUAUUUAGUAAUGAAAAACGACUCGUGUCACCCGAAACGCCAUGCGAAACGGCUCGCAGAGUAUUUAAAUCGUACGACCCAGAUGGCAAUAAUUUCAUACCCAGUGCUCUAUUGGGUGACGUAUUAUCUGCCCUCGAUUUGGUUAGUGAUCCUGAAUACGUUGAUAUAAUGCGUAAAAAAUUGGAUCCUGAAAAUCUAGGAAUCAUUUUGCUUAAUGCAUUCAUGGACGAAUUCUUUCCGAUAGACCAACGAUCCACUCCAGACACGUUUGACCUAAUGCAUUAUAAUGGAAUACCCGGGUCAAAUCUAGCGAACAAAGUAAAGUAUCGCAAGGGCACUGCAAUUUUACUCGAAAGUGACUUGAAAGUCAUGUGUAGUUCUUCCAAUCAUAUGCUAACGUGCCUCCAGACCAAGUGGCCGAAUAUCGAAGUUAACUGGCAUGACGGAGUGCCAUCUCUAAAUUGACCACAAUACUUUUACUUCAAAGAAAAGAUGAUAUUUUAUUAUUAUGAUUUUAUCGUACAACACAGACUUUCGCAAAUUUAUGUUCCAGUUGAAUAAAUGCAAUGAACAAACCACUUACACAAAUGAAAUGCUAUGUAUGUAAUGGGUAAAAACAAGCAAAAUCAUAAACAAUAAAAUAUGAACAGUUAAAAAGCAACAAAGUUAUAUCUAAGACCAAAAUAAUAGAGUUAUCAAAUGCUGAUAACAUACAAUUCUCAAUUAUCUUUCCAAUACUACUAAUAUGACUACUCUUCUACUAAAUAGAAACAUAAUUUCCUUCAAUCAAUUACUAAAAUUGACAAAUACCUGUUUACUAUUAAUGAUGUGUAUAUUUCACUUUUUAUGGAAUAAGUAUUUAUUGUUUUUGCUUUUUAGUAAUAAAAAAGAUUAUUUUUAAAUAUA